AUGUCUUCCGAUGACGGGCACUAUUCCGAUUUGAAUAACAUAGAAGCUACAUUCCCAGCGGAGGGUAUGGGCACAUUCGCCGAUUAUUUCGAUGCCAACCCAUUUCCCGAUGAAUUUCUUGAUUACGCAGAUGAUAUAUUCAAAGAACUUUCAAUGGAUUUUCCGGAACUUUCUCAACCAGCCGGUCCCGACAAACAUUCAUUUGAGAUCCCUACUACGUUAGAAAUUCCGUUGGCCCCAGUUAUUGAACAACACAUGUCUGGAUCAGCUCAAAUGAACUUGUGUUCUGUGAAUGACCAAUCUGGAAAUGUUGACGAAAGACAUAAAACGAUAGCUGUUCCGACAGGAACGACUCAGGAAUGUUCACGAAUUCUGAGUCAACCACAUGUCAACGCGCGACCAGGGCCAUCGCAACCAAAAUUUCGGAUUGUUCAUUCGGGCGUUACAUUGAUUCCAGGCCAAAAAAUAAUUGAAGAUCUGAAGAAUGAUCCGAUUCACCAAUUGCCAAUACAAGAGCAACCGACGGUGCGUCAAGUUGUUCUUAGCCAAAUGGCAAAAGUAAAUCCGGAGAUGGCAAAUAAAAUUCUCAAGUUCCAAGGAAUGCGAGCUGACGCAUUUCAGCGUUGUGAGAGCUCUAUCAAGGACGAAUUAAUAAUUAAAUUGGACACGGACGUUAAGAACAAAGAUAUCUUGUUAGACGAAGAAAUCGAUGUCGAUCCAAUGUUGACAUCUGUUGCUGCUCCAGUGACGAACUGUGGAGUUGAUGAGAACAUGAUGGAAUCAAUGAGCACAAUGCCAAUUGAUCAUGUCGAUUCAAACUUUAUGGAUAACAUUGAUUCGAUUUAUUUGGAUUCGCGUGAUUCGAUAUCUACGGAUGCCUCUCCACAGUUUUCUUUUGAACAAUUACUGAAUAACGAAAGCUCGGUUCAAUCGCCAAUAAACAAGAUACAUGAUGGAUGUCCCAAUACUGAAAGGUCGAAUUCGAUUUCGGAUUAUCCAGAAUUUAAUUCUCAAUCCGAAGGCUCAUCGAUGCAAGGUUUCGUGAAUCUAGACGAGUUUUUUACUGACAUUCCAUUUAACGAUGCGAUGACACCAUCAUCAUCACAAUCAUCGUCUUUGCCAGUGAAAACAGAUCUUGAGAACAUGUUCAACCAACAGAAGAAGGUGAAUCCGCCGAAUAUGGUGCCGUAUUUCGAAUAUCCAUCUGUGAAAAAUGAUUCGCAUGGUCUUGAGAAGAAAAUUGGAGAGAAGCCUGCUCCGCAAAGACGGGCCAAACGUCGUAACGAAUCUAAACCAAAAUCAUCAAAGAAGAAGAAACAAAAUACAUAUAUUGAUCCGGCUACGAUAUCGAUAAUGGACGUACCGCCGCCAACUCCACCACCAGAACCGCCAACUCCGCCACCACCACCAAAGCCAGUUCGCGUUGAACGUCGAAUUAAAUUUGUGCCACUAAAAGAUCUUGAGUUGCUCUCAGAGCUGAACAAAUCACAACCGAGUCCACCAGGCGGAUUAGGAUCUGCUCAAGGAUCGUCGAAGCGGUUCCAAGAGCCAGAAGAGGUCAUCGAAUUUAUGCCCAAAGAACAAUUGGUGAAAUUCCCGCAACAUCAUAUGAAGUUGCCAAUUCCGCUGGAGCCUACACAAAUUGAGCCGCAACAACCGUCUGAAAAUGAACCGCAACGACAAAGAGUUUCGACACAAGGAGAGUUCGUGCCGCCGUAUCAAAAACAGGAACCCGUAGAGGAACACAAGCAACAACUCAGAAUGUAUUCACAUCAGCGUACUUAUGAACGUCCAGAAUCAUCACAAUCGAAACCAAUGCAAACAACUCAACAAAAUCAGCCGCUUAGAAAACCACAAAACAAAGAAGCUCAGGAUUUAGCGCUAAUUCGUCAACCAGUUCAGAUAAAGAAGGUGCAAAUAUUUCAACAAAUGCCGACACAUAAAACUCAAAAUUAUGCAAAAAUUCACCAACAAGAGACGUCGGAACAGUUUCAGCCCAAAAUACUUAAACCAGCAAUUUCGAGUAAUGAUGCAUAUUUAGCUACUCAUGUUGUUACACAUCCAUCUAAAAACUCGGAAGGUCCCGAAACGCGUCAAGUAUUGGUAUUCAUGCCCACCGUUGCUCAAAUGAUCCAGAAGAACAGCAUUGUGAAGAUUUCAAUUUCGCCAACAAAGAAAUACGUUCCUGGAAGUGCUGCUGAAGACGUUGCCUGUCGUUUGAAGAGUCAAAGUUACAUUAUGAAGCAGCCAGUGCGCGUAGAAACUACAACGAAAAGACCAAAAGAACUACACAAAAAUAUGCGCAAGCCAUCACAGCCGACUCUCAUAAUUCAAGCACCCGAUCAAGAACAUGGCCAGCUUUUAGCUCAAUCUUCAGAGCAGUAUCGAGGGCAAUGUAGCGAAUCCAAUUAUUCGCAAUCUUCACAAAUAUUUAUGCGAUGUUCAAGAGAGCCGCCAAUAGAAAAUGCUGAAUUUAUUCCAAUGCAAUAUUCAGAACAAAUUGCGGAACAAUUUGAAUUCAUUGACCAAAAUGAGGUUCCGGAGCAUCUUCUAGAAAAUGAUGUAGAACGAGUUAGUGAACAAACAGUUGCUCAUGCUCAAGGACAUGUCGUAGUAUACGAUCAAGGGCAAGCUAUCGUUUACGAUCACGACCAACCUGCAGUUUACAAUCAAGAACAAGAUAUUCUUUACGAUCAUGAAGAACAGGUGAUCUACGAGAAUGGAGAAGCCGCAGUUUUUGAUCAAGAAGGAGCUGUGGUCUACAAUCAUGGGGAAGCCGUGAUUUACGAUGAUGCUAUACCUCACAUUCAGGAAGAAGUUAUUAUUGAAACUUCUGAACCAAUACAGGCUAAAACUGCGCCACAAAUUUUGCAAGCUCCGGGUAAAAGCGCUGCUCAAACUCUAGGAAAGAAUUCAAUGAACACUUCAACGGAUCCAAAAGAAACAGCGAAAUCCUUUAAACCUCCGGUGUUAGAGAAAUCUUCUCCGCCAAUUGAGCCACCUCCAAGUUUGGAGUUGAUGGAUGAAGAAUUAUUCAAGCGCUAUCAAGCUCUAAAAGAAAAACAAUCAAUUCGGAAGUUGGUAGCACCGAAACCGCUGAAAAAGCGGCUUCCUCCACCACCAGAGGAUGAAGAAACUAAGCGAAGAAUCGAAACAAUAUUUGAGCAAAUGCGAAGUGAAAAGGAGUUGUUGGCGGCUUCAAGUGCGCAAAAAGGAAAGACGCUUAAUGAAAAGCUGUCAAGUACAACUACUCCAAAAACUCCGAAAAGAGCUGCGUCGAGAGCAAAUGCGUUGAAGGAUGUUAUAGAUGAGAAGGCAGGUGCUGCUCCGCAACUUCCAAAAGGUGUCGAGCAGAAUGUAGAGAAUAUUAAUCCAAUGACUGAAGCCGGUGAUGUCCAACCUAUUAUUGUCUCAGAACAUGCCGAAACGGGUUGUUAG